AUACCACCUUACCCAGGGUACACCAUCUUGAGGGACUUCCUGAGACGCCUGCCCACACAAAUUCAUUCCCAGCCAGGCAAGGGACCUGUGUCACCAGUGUGAGAGAGGAAUCUCCCAAGCACGCUGUGGAUUUUUGUCUGUACGUGCUAUUGGAUUCUCUACCUUUUACUGACCCACCCAGAAAGAGAGAAAAAAAGUCAAACAGAAAUUGUUGACUUGUCACUUCUGCCUAAGAGUUGGCUGGAUUUUAUGGCCUCUGCUAGAGAAGCUACCUGGACCAUUGGAAAUGGAGCAACUCGUGCUGUACCUCUGCUGAGCAAGGCUUUCUGCAUGGAAUACGAGCAUCGAGGUGCCUUAAGUUAAACCAUAUGCAAGUUGCACUGGUUGUUGUAACCGUACUGCUGAAACCACUCCAGACUUCUCCAGGGCUUUCCAAGGCAGUAGCUCCUCACACAGUUUGGAUGUUUCCAAUUGACAUUUGAACAUUUUCAUCCAAUCUGGCGUGGCUGUGAAAAGUGAGCUUUUCCCUGUGAGGUUCGUGGUGAGUUUUGCCGCCUCACUUCCCAGCGUGGGCUGUGCUAUGGCAGCGACCUACAGGCUGAUGGUGACUUCAGUGAACUGCUACAGCAGCGUGGUGGUAGAGCAGCACUCCCAGCACACCGUGCACUACUGCACAGGCUCCUGCCAGCUCCUCAAACAGGGACUCACCUGCAUAGUUGCACAUCACAGUGUCUGUGCAGAGCUCAGUGUCCAAGAUGCCAACCUGGACCAAAAAAUUCCUGUUCCUGAAAAUGGUCUUGCCUUGGCUGGAAAUGAGGACUAUCACCAAAUCCUGCCAAAUAGUGCGAGAAUCAAGAAGGGCUCUUCAGUGCAAGCCUCCAGCAGUUUAAAAGACAUUACUGGUGAGGCAAUAAACCUUGCCAGUGGUAAAAUAAAGGAAUUCUCUUUUGAAAAGCCCAAAAACUCUUCCAGUCACGUGGCCUACAGAAAGGGAAGGAAAGUUCGGUCAGAAUCUUUCAGCAGACGAUCCUUUGAUUUUGACUUGAUUUAUGGGCACUUUAACAAUGAUGAGAACUGCCCUCCGUGUGGCUCUUUGCAGAGCCCCUCACCUGUGGAGAAAUGGCAGGAGAGCAAUGAUGCUCCAGAAGUCACCAUGAAUCCUGUGGUUCCCUUCUGCCCUCAUUCCUUCCCCGAAGAAAACUUCAUUACCCAGAUUUUAGAAAAGCACAAGCUAGAUGGUUCUUCUGGUGGGGAUAUUAAGGUGUGCCUGGACAUCUUGCUCAAGUGCUCCGAGGAUCUGAAAAAAUGCACGGACAUAAUCAAACACUGCAUCAAGAAGAAGUCUGCAGACGUCAUUGGUGGGGGGAGCAGCAACGAUCCCCUGGCUAAUUCAGAGAUGAUAUACAUGAAUCUGAUGACAAGAUUUUCUUCCUACCUGAAAAAGCUGCCCUUUGAGCUGAAGACAGCGGGGCAGAGAGAAGCGAGUGACUGGGCAGAGCUCAUGAACUGUUUCCAUGGCUUGCAGCAAACUCCCUUUCCCCUGGUAUUUGGUGAUGAGCAGCCACCCAGGUAUGAAGAUAUCAUUCAGCUGCCAUCCUCAAGUGCAGUUCCUCUCGUUCUACCAGGUCAGGGUGAGGGGACAAGCACCUCCCAGUCCAUCCAGACAGGUACUGUGAGCUUCACCUCCAACUCCCUGCCCGGUGUCCCUCCAGAGAGCAGCGUGAGAGCUGUGAAAGAUGCUCUACCUCAGUCACCAGCCCCGAGCCCCUGCGACUGCGCGUCUGCCACCGAGGCGCUGUACAUCGAGGAGGAGUCUGAUGGGGACAGAACAGCAGGGACAGAGAAGAGGGCAGAGCAGAAGGGGGGCUGGCAGAGCCUGGAGCACAGCUACCAGCGUGCUGCUGCCUCAGACCUUCCUGCUGAUGCUAAGGCAGAGCGGGCCAGGGCGGGUGAUGCUCCCGAGAAAACUGCUCCUAUAAAACCAGUGUCGGAUCCUGUGUUGUGUGGUGCCCAAGCUGCUGUCCCCAAAGGAGCCCAGACAUGCACUAGGGUGGACAAAGAGGAGAUAGACAAACUGCUGCUGGACUUGGAGUGCUUUUCACAGAAAAUGGAGAGUACUCUGAGGGAACCCUCUCGGAAGGAGGGUGAACCUGCCUCACUGCAGGUGUCUGGCAGGCAGGGUAGGCAGGCUCCACUUCAGGCUCUUGAACCCAACAGUAAACCUGCCGAUCCCUCUUCUUCUUUGUCAAAAAUCAUGGAAACCAACGGUCAUAAAAUGGAAGAGGAUGACAAAGCCCUUUUACUGCGAAUCCUGGGAAGCAUUGAGGACUUUGCCCAGGAGCUGGUGGAAUUCCAGACAGGCAAGGGAAGUUUGUCCAAGGAGAGGGAAGUGAUGCAAAUUCUCCAGGAAACUUUAGCAUCUCCUUCACAGUCCCUGCUUGCAGGGCAAAAAAGCCAUGCUGGGGCUGCCUCCAGAGACUCUGCUCCAGCUUCAAUUCAGCCGGCCUCAGAAGUUAUAAAGGCUCAAAGUAAACAAGAGAAGAAGGCAGGAACUUCAUCCCCAGCCCCCCUGCAGCCUGUGGUUAGCACUUGCACUCCUCUGCCUGUGAAUAAAGCCACCAGCAGUACCCCCGUGCCCAUAAACAUUCCACGUUUCUACUUCCCUAAAGGACUCCCAAAUGUCUGCACUAACCAUGAGGAAAUCAUUGCCAGGAUUGAAGAGGCCUUUACAGAGUUUGAAGAUGAGAAAGCAAACAUCUGUGAAAUGGGAAAAAUUGCUAAGAUCUGUGGCUGCCCACUCUACUGGAAAGCACCUCUGUUCAGUGCAUCGGGGGGAGAGAGGACAGGACGAGUCUCUGUGCACUCCUUUGUGUCCAUGUGGAGAAAAAUCCUGCGGAGCUGCCACGACGAUGCCUCCAGGUUCGCUUCCCUUCUGGCAAAGCCUGGCUGUGACUGCCUGCAACAGGAGGACUUCAGCCCGCUGCUGCAGGAUGUGGUGGAAACGCAUCCUGGCCUCACGUUCCUGAAGGAUGCUCCCGAGUUCCACUCCCGGUACAUCACAACGGUUACACAGAGGAUAUUCUACGCUGUCAAUCGAUCCUGGUCGGGGAAGAUCACUCUAACGGAGCUGAGGAAAAGCAACUUCCUGCAAACUCUUGCUCUCUUGGAAGAGGAGGAUGACAUAAAUCAGAUCACAGAUUACUUCUCCUACGAGCACUUUUAUGUUAUAUACUGCAAAUUCUGGGAGCUGGAUACUGACCAUGACCUUUACAUCAGCCAGAAGGACCUGGCUAGGUACAGGGAUCAAGCUUUGUCAAACAGGAUCAUUGAGCGGAUAUUCAGCGGUGCUGUGGUGAGAGGCACUGAAGUUCAAAAGGAAGGGCGCAUGAGUUAUGCGGAUUUUGUGUGGUUCCUGAUUUCAGAGGAAGACAAAAGAAGUCCUACAAGCAUCGAGUACUGGUUCCGCUGCAUGGACCUGGAUGGGGACGGGGUGCUGUCCAUGUACGAGCUGGAAUUCUUCUAUGAGGAGCAGUGUGAGCGCAUGGAGGUGAUGGGCAUAGAGCCACUGCCCUUCCAGGACCUGCUGUGCCAGAUGCUGGACCUCGUUAAGCCAGAGAGGGAAGGAAGAGUAACCCUGAGAGACCUGAAGAGGUGCAGAAUGGCUCAUGUGUUCUUCAACACCUUCUUCAACUUAGACAAAUAUCUGGAGAACGAACAGAGGGAUCCCUUUGCAGUGCAAAAGGACAUGGACAGCGACAGCCCCGAGCCCUCAGACUGGGACAGGUACGCGGCCGAGCAGUACGAGAUCCUGGUGGCCGAGGAGUCCGGGAACGAGCUCCAGGAGGGAUCAUGUGAAGAAGACUAUGACACAGAUGAAGUCUUACCUCCCCCUGAAACUGGAGACAAGUCAGACAAACUAGUUAUCUCAGAUCUCUGAGCACAGAGAAGUGGAAGACAGCCCAUAUAUUUCAAACUGGAUAGCAUUCAGUCCCAAGGCACUUGGGGGUUUUCCUUAAAUCCAUCAUUGGAACAAUGUGCUUUACUCUGUACACUGAAACUUGAGACCCCUUUUUGUCUUCCUGUGUAAUUGCAAUAAGGUAAUUUCUAUGAAAAGGCUUUUUACAAUGUGUUAUUGUGCACACUCACUGAAAAUGGUGAUUGCACCUUGUUUCAUUUAUAUAUAAAUUCUGUGCAAUAAAUGCCAGCAUCUAAUGAUUACCUAUAACAGCUGCAUGCAACAUCUGUAGUGGUCGUUUCUCUGUCCUGUGCCGCUCUGUCCCCUUGGCUUUAUACCAGAGUGACAAAAGAGCUGCCAAAUUAACUGAAAAGUGUGUCUAGAAAUCUUUUAAAACACAGGUCACAGUGAAGUUCUUUUCUUCCUUGGUGUCCUGGAAAUGAAGGGGAAGGUGCCUGUGCAUGGGGAGAGUGAAAUCCCUUUGUGCUUUGCCCCUGGACUGUUCCUCUGCUGCAGAGCUGUGAGCAGUGGCAGCACUACACCACAUUCUCCAGGAAAUUGAGAUAGAAUUACCUGUUCUAGGCCUGUGUCCUGUCCUGUGCUGAUCUGCCUCUGGCCAGAGCUUUGGCUGUGUAGAUUUCUGCUUUGCAGAAUUGUUUGGCAGAGUAUUUACAGCAAGCACGGAUCUCUGCUGUUCAGCUACUGUGGUGUGACUGCUGUGCCUGGUGUGCACCAAUUCUGUCCAUUGCUGUGUUCUCUUCCUCUCCUGUAGCCUCCUCUAACCUGUAGCCAAGAGACUAAGCUGAGAUAACGAAGAAAAAAACCAACCCCCUCUUUUAACUAGUAAAGGAAUUAGUCUGUAUUGUUGCCAGAAUUAAUUUUUCUCCCAGCCUCAGGGAGGAAAUGCUGUAACUAAUGAAUUCCUGCUUUAAGUGCAACAUUAAACCAACUUUUCCCCCUAGAAUCACAAGUGCUACCUCCGCUCUCAGCACUCUGCUACUGCAGCUGUCUGUCCUGGCCAGCAGGAACCGUCUGUGGCUCAGCACAGGGGUGAUUAGAACAAAUUGUUAAUUGUAGCCCUCUGUAUGUGCAGAAGCAGGUCUGGGCCAGGUGUGAGCCGUCCCGGCUGUGCCCAGUCUGCAAUGCUGGCUCGCUGUGUGUGCUCUGUAUCUCCUGUUCCCUCCCUGGAGCCUCAGGCUGGGCCUCCUGCAGAAUCCCUGUCCCUGUUCCCAGCCCCUGCUGCCCUCCCUGGAGCCGGAGCACACGGCCCGGGGAGAACUCGACUCGUGUGUCCCCAGGGACGGGACGGGAUCCCCGCGGUGCCUCCAGGGGUCAGUGUCCAAAAGAGGAACGGGCUGCUGGCUCCAGAGCGGUCUGGGCUUUUCCAGGAGCCUCUGAAGGCCAAGGCCUGCCUGCCGCUGCCCAGGGGAUGUGCUGCUGCCUCCCUGGGGUCAGAACUCCACCACGAUCCAACUCGGGAAGAGAGAAAGGUUUCAGCUGAACUGGCCAGGUGCAUACACAGCCCCCAGGAUGCUGGAUCUGGGAAACUUCUGGAUGCCCACGUUGGUAGCAAAGGCCCUGCCAGGUGCCCUGCAUCCCACAGUAACAGAUGAAGCAGGGAGCACUCCGAGCAAACCAAGACAAAGCCCUGGAAUGCAGCAAGCAGAUGGUGUCUGCAUCCCUUCCCCAUCACUGCCAGAACCUCGAAGGGAAAAACCUUCCCUGGGGGUGAUUCCACAAAUGCCCAAAUGCAGAACCACCAAGGAACCGACUGCAGGAAUGGAUACAGGACGGAGCUCCCAGAACUGCUGCUUGUAACCAGCUCCAGCCACAUUUUUCUGAGAACCUGGGCACAGCAGGAGUUCACCCUUCCCUCACUGCCAUGGUCCAGAGGGGCCUUUCAGCUUGAUGUCCCUUUAGACCUCUCCAAAGACUAAGAUUCCUCAAAAGGAACGAGAACCCGACCCUGUUCCAGGCUGAAAUGGAACGUUCCUCAUGGUUCCUCAUGGUCCUCCAGCAGCAGCACCAGCUCUGAGCUCCAGCAGCAGCAGUGCUGCAAUGGCUCGUUUGCCACUUCUGGAAAUCCUUGGUCACCACCACUUCAGGGUCUUUCAAAUCUGCCCUUUGCAAAGGGCCUUUAAUUCAACCCAUCCCUGAAUCCAGGCUCCCAGCUCACACCACAGCACCCUGAACUGCUGCCUCUCUGCAAAAGUCAGAACCCAGAGUCUGGUAAAACUCACCAGCGGCCUUCCCAAGGAUGGUUCAAUAAAUGGAGACAGGAAGCCGACAGCUCCUCUGCUGAGCCCAAACCCAGCCCCUCUUUCCUACAGAUAGACAUUCAGUACUGCUACAGCAACACAGAGUGAAUCCAAACCCAAUCCAUGCCUUCUCCUGGGUCAACACAAGCUAAUCCAACAAACACCCCAAUUUACAGCAAAUGUUUUGCCUUCUAUGUGGAUAGAAAGACAAGCUGCAGAAGCCACUGCUGCUGUGAUGGCAGUGCAAAAUCUGCAGUAAUAUUCCAGGAAUGGAAAUCCAUUCUCUGUCCCUAAAGUACUUGAAAAUAAGCACAAUUCAGCAGGCACACGUGCAUUAAUAGAGGACAUGCUCUACACCCCAUCUGUGACUUAGCCCUGUCCACAGCUGCUCUGGAUGGAAGGUUUGUAACUCUGCAGCAUUUAAGUGAGGUAAAUUUGGGAACUCCUUUUUUCUGGGAUAGUCAAGGGUGCUUGUGUCCAGCCAGCAGAGCAGCUCAGCUGCAGUGAAGGAGCCCUGGAACCCCUGCCCAAAAGAUUUGUAGGAGUCCCUUGGCUGUGGCUCUGCCUCCUGCCUCCAUGUCAGUGCCACUUCAGAUGCUGCAUCCCUGGAAGGACACAUCCUGCACUUUUCAGUGCACAUCCAGCUCACACCAAGGCUUUUUCCUUACGAGUAGUCAGAAAAGUGAGUAAAAUUCUGUUUCGCGUGAUAAAAAUGUCAUUGUCCUUAUUUGUUCUCUCGUCUGCUUUUGUCUAGCAAAAUGAUGCCCUGUGUUCUUACAAACCUCUUGCUUUUUACUGUUGUAUCACAAAUAUUUUCUCUCUGCAGUACUAAGAUGGGAGGUGUGGCUCAGUAUUACUGCUGGAAUGGUACUAGUUGGAUUUUUUUCUUUCUUUCUUCUAAAAUCUCAGUAGUACUUGCUGCAUCCCAGUUUUUGGCAGUGAACCCUGGGCACUGCUCCAGCUCCCCUCCUGCCUGUGAGGGGCAAGUGCUGCAGAACAGACAUGGACAGCAAAAAAGGGAUUCCAAAGCCUUCCUGCUCUCCUGAACCAAGGAUUUAAUGAAGCUGACUCAAAACACUCCAACAAGGUACUGGGCUUAGUUUCUAAACAAAAUAGUCCUGAAAGACCAACACUAAGUUCACUGAACUCUCACUGUAACAGUAUGGAUUUGGAGUCUCUAGAUCAGUAUCUUAGGUCUAUGCAAACAAAACUGAACCUCAGUGAUGAGCAUGAGCUACUGUGAGAAAAACAUAACCAGAGCUUCCCUGUGUGUGCUCAUCUUCUCGCUGUAUCACUGGGCGAGGGGUUAGAAACCGAGUAUUUAAUAAUAAUAAAGGUUCUCGUACUUUGUAAAA